AUGGAGUACACAAUGAAUGAUAUUAUAAUUAAUGAAUCCGAACAAAGCGAUUUAAGUAGUGACUCAGAGAGCAUUUUAAAUUGCUAUAUUAUAAAUGGCACGAUAAGCAGUGAUGAAGAGAUUCGAGUUAUCAAUGCUGUUAAUGUUCAUAUUGAAAAUUGUACAGCCAUCGAAUACAAGCGGCGGUCCACUACACCGGUGCGCAUUGAGCAUCACCGCCGUGUAAACAACAAACAAAACGACGACAGCGGCGACGACGACUACGACUACGACUACGGUGGUGGCGGCGGCGGCGACAGCAACGGCGGUGAUGUUUUUCACAAUAAAAAAUAUGAUGUUUGCACAUUUUCAAGUUGGUUAAGAGCGUUGGAACAGUGUCCAAAUAAAAAAGUUCGAUAUGAGUACACGCAACUCAUGAUCUUGGCUUUAGAAUAUCCGGAGCCGGUGUGCCCAUUCAAAGAUCCUCCGCCUGAGACAAUUGAUCCCUUGGAACACGGGGUAAUCGAAACUUCGAGGAGAUUCAGAAACAGAGAAGGCACUGCAACUUGUACACCAAUCGAUACUCGCAUUUCUAAUCCGACCAUUACCACGUCAGUCACUCACAAUAAUUGUCGGUUUGCAUCUUCUCAGAUCAUCCCGAAUGUGGGCGUUCAAGUUUAUUACGCAUACUCGGACGAACCACUCUAUAAGUGGUACAUACCGCCUCAAAUAACAGUGCCAAAAAAAGGUCCACAUGCAGGACCUUUAGAAUGGGAAAGAGCAAUAGCGGGUAUUAUGCCCAAAUGGAAUAAACUAAAAGUUGAGAAUCCAAUACUUCUCAACACUCAAAUCAACAUGGAUGAAAAGAAGGAGGAAUUGGCAUCAGUAAAUGGCAGCAAAAUAUCAGAAGCGAAAAGCGACAGGGCGAGAGCAAACGAGAAACCGGAUAUUUGUAAUGUAAUGAACAUUGAGCAACAAAACCGAAAUGUGACUGAAAAUUUUGGCUGGAAUGAUGCUAGUAUAUUAACAGGAGAAAAAAUAAUUGGUGCUGAAAUGUGUUCUGAUUACAAAAUGGAUGGUCAAGUUAAGUCACAAAUCGAACUCGACGAAGAAGCUGCCAGUGCGUUCGAUAAACUUUAUCCCGGUGAUUUUAGAAUACACGUGGAUUAUUCAGUCGUCGAUGUUUUAGUCCCAAUGAACAAGAUGAUUUCCAUGGAAGCUGGCGAUAAAAGAAUUACUAAAGAAAAACAACACGAACUUUGCGAUGAAAAAUCUUCUUCAAAACCACGACAAUGCAGCUCCACCACAGAUGUAUGUGCCGAUUCGAAGAACGCUCUCCGACAAAACGCUGGUCAGGAAAGCACAAGGCUGUCCGUAGAUUGCGGCCCCAAGGGCAUCGCGGAAGCGAAGAACCGUAAUCGCAAAAUUUCAAAACUAUCUGCCCAUUUGAACGAUUUGACUGUCAAAUCACAAACAUUUAAAACCCGUAAAAACGUCGAUCCCGAGUGUCCGAAAACCAUUAUUGAAUCUCCCAAGGACGAAUUAUCGCAGCGUCGUGUAUCAAAUACAAAUGAACUCUUUGAUGACCCCGAAAGUUCAAGUGGAAAAAAAUGUACUCUCCAAAAAGAUCUUUUGAGUACACAAAAUGAAGCUGACUGCAUCGAAGAAAGUUCUUACGACGGAGCGAGAUCGCUAUCACUAAACGACGGUAAAGAACUGGAAAAUAGUGAUCAAGACUAUGAAAGUUUAGAUGGACCUUUAGAUCUGUAAACUGUUCAAAGCUAUAGUUAAUAAAUUAAAUAUUGUGUUUUAUAUCUCUGAAAAUGUCACACGUAAUAACUGAAAUGCUUCAAAGCGUUAAAUUCAUAAUUAUAACGAUAACUCUUACCAGGACCGUCUCGAAGAUGAAAAUCAAGGGGGGUGAAUAAUAUGAAAA